AUGGAGAUGGAGAGCUCCAGCCUGCUGUCGGGCCUCGCUCACUUCCUCUCGGACACUUUGUGGCGCGCGGCGGGGUCUCCAGAGGCUCCCCGCGGUGCCAUCAUGGUCCCUGAAGGCAGCAGCAGCGCUUCAGAGGCGGACUUCAUGGCCUCGCGACCCCAGGACUUGGAGAUUCCCGCCUUCUGGGACUCCCCGCUGAGCCACGGCAUCAACGUGUUCGUGGGUCUCGUGCUGUGCUUCACCAUGCUGGGUCUGGGCUGCACGGUGGAUGUGAGCGCGCUGGGGGAGCAGGUGCGGAGGCCCGUGGGGGUCCUGCUGGCCAUCAUCUGCCAGUUCGUCAUCAUGCCGCUCGUGGCCUUCCUGCUCGCACUCGCCUUCUCUCUGGAUGACGUCGCGGCCAUGGCGGUGCUGAUCUGCGGCUGCUGCCCGGGCGGGAACCUGUCCAACAUCCUGUCGCUGCUCAUGCACGGGGACAUGAACCUCAGCAUCAUCAUGACCAUCUCCUCCACGCUGCUGGCUCUGGUUCUGAUGCCGCUGUGCCUCUGGGUCUACAGCCGGGCCUGGAUCAACACCCCGGUGGUGAACCUGAUGCCCUUUGGAGCCAUCAUCCUGACCCUGUGCAGCACCCUGAUCCCCAUCGGGCUGGGGGUGCUGCUGCGGUACCGGAACUCCCGCGUGGCAGACAUCGUGUUGAAGGUAAAUGUGUUCGAA